AUGACCUCCCUGUCUUCUGUUCCCUCUGGUGUAGCCAUUAAUAGUUCUUUUACUUCUAAGACUGAACCCCUCAGCCUUUCUCCAGAAUCACUUCUUUUACCCUCCAUCGGUAUAAAGUGUGAUAUCAAAAGCAACAAAAACACACUAACCCACUCAGCUCUUUCCCCGAGCUUAACUUCAAAUUUACAGCCUACAAUAGGGCUUGGGCAAGCAACAUCUGAAGAUUCUGAGUCAGAGGAAGGUGAAUUGCCAGAAGAUGAUACGUUGGAAAAUUCAUCUGAUGGAGAGUCACUGACGUCAGAUGCUGAGUUUGCUAUGGAAAACCUCUCCUCACAACCUGCGGCAUCUGCUGAUAGUGAACCAUCUGCACAUGAGCAACUACAAAUCACGGAGGAGGCAUCUGAAGCUCUCAGUAACCAAAAAUCAGAGACUCUUCUCAAACAGAAGAAGAUGGCUUUAUUAUCUGCAGUUUGCUGUUCGUUGGUUAAUUCACCAAACUUCUCAGACCCUUCAGAUCUGACCAGGUCUGAUAUUCAGACCUUGUGUGAAGAUAUAGCAGGACUGGAUGCAGAGUUUGUUCUAAAAGUUGCUUUGUACACUCGCCAGGAACUCAAUAUUCGUAGUACUGCAAACUUCCUGCUGGCCGUGUCUGCAUCACUGCCGGCAUGCCGCCCACAUCUGCGCAGGUAUUUGUGCUCUUCUGUCCAGCUUCCCAGUGACUGGAUGGAGGUACCACGCUUGUAUCAGAGUCUGUCAGGAAAGGGAGAUAACCUGGCUUCCCUGCCUUCUUGCCUCCGCCGAGCUCUUACACUCAAGUUCCAAGAAUUCAGCGAAUACCAGCUGGCAAAAUACAAUACUCGUGUACAAAGAGGAAAGCGUGAUUGCAAGAAAAAGAUUGAGAAAAAAGACAAAGUUUUUAAAACGUUGAAGUUUGGUAGAAAUUUAAGGGCGUUGGAGUCUUCCCUAAAGCUUCUUCAGAAACAGCUUGAUGAGGCUGACUCUGCUUCCACUGAGAAGAAAAAGAAGAAGAAAGACAAAUUUUCUUUGAAGAGUUUGAUUCAGAGAUUACAUAUUUCUAAACCAGCUUAUCAUGUCAUGAGUCUGCUUGGUUGCAGGUAUCCUAAAGACUUGACGUCCUUCUCACGUAGCGGUCUUGAGGGUCCCUGGCAAUCACAUCUGUCAGGACAAAGAAUGAAGCUAAAACAGCCAGAGACCUGGGAAAGAGAACUGAGCCAGAAAGGAAACACUGGCCCUGUAUGGGAGAGUCUGCUAGACAAUCGUAAAGUACCAUUCAUGGCUUUAUUGAGGAACCUGAGGAAUAUGAUAAGAGCAGGUAUUAGUCAGAAGCAUCACAUAGCGGCGAAUGCACGGCUAACCAAUCAGCGUGCUGUGGUCCAAAGCCGCCUUUUCCCAUUCCGUUUCCUUUCUGCAUACAAAGUCAUUCAAGAUUUAGAGCAUCAGCUUCAAAAAGCAGGAGAAUCAUUCCCUAACAAUGCUGCCCUCCUCCGGAGUAUCUUUCGCCGGAAAGGGAAGAAUAUUCCACAGCUAGCACGCAUGCGUUUCACACGGCGUCAACUCAGAGCAAGUUUGGCUGUUCCUGUUGUUCAUCAACUACUUAAAAGAGAAAAAGAGGCAGUCAAGAAAGCCAGAACAAUAAAGUUUGAUGAGGAUGUCCUUCAAAGCUAUAAGAAAUCACUGGAGGAAGCUAUUCGGAUAUCAGCCCGUUACAACAUCCCACCCAUUCCUGGGCGUACAGUCAUCCUGAUGUAUGUAGAUGGAGUCAUGUAUACACCGUGUCAUGGAGCAAAAGAACUAGCGACCUCCACAGCUGGAAGUGGGCCACCAUCUCUCCUAGAUGUGGGUUUGCUGUUGAGUCUAAUGGUAAAAGAAACAGCAGAAAGCGCUGAACUUGUCCUGUACAACGACCAUGAAUAUUCCUUGGUGGAACACUCCUCAAGUCCUCUUCUUCAGCGUGUGGAAGAGAUCAAAACACAAAUAUCAGAAUUGUCAGGCUCGUCAGCCUUACCCUUUGAAGAGAGACAUCCAGGAGCAGAGUACCUUUUGGAGCUCCUUAUGAAACGAAAAAAGGUGGAUACUCUCCUGGUUUUUGCAAACUGCCCCCUUAAUGAACAGUUCCAAUCUGUGUUGAAGCAGUACCGGCGGACUGUGAAUAUGGAAUGCCUCUGUGUGACAGUACUGCCCCAUGGUUUCAAAAGUGAGGACUCCAUUGAGCAGUGCAAAGAUGUGACACUCACUGGCUUCACUGAACAGGUGUUAAAGUAUGUUUCAGAGAGGGGCACUGACCGACUGCUGGAUCACGUUGAGAAGGUAAAUGAAAGAUUCAAGGUUCCAGAAGACCCAGACAAGGUCAAAAGUAGUCAAGCAUCAUCUCGUGGCUUACUCACUACAAUUCCAAAACAGAGGUGGCGCAGUGUCCGCGUCUUCAUUUCCUCCACAUUCCGUGACAUGCACUCAGAAAGAGAUAUCUUGAUAGGACAGGUGAUGCCACAACUACGUCUUCGUGCUGCUUCUCACUUCCUGUCCUUGGAGGAAGUUGAUCUGCGCUGGGGAAUUACAGAGGAGGAAGCUAAGAAAGACAGGCAGCUGUCUCUGUGCCUUUCUGAAGUUGUUCGGAGUCAGAUCUUUAUUGGGAUCCUAGGAGAGAGAUAUGGACAUACUCCAAAAACAUAUUCAGUGCCCCACCUUCCUGAGUAUGAAUGGAUCCAUACAUACCCAGCUGGGCGAUCCAUCACUGAGUUGGAGGCCAUGCAGUUUUUGCAGGGUUGUGGCACCAAAAAACAUGGACACCCAAAGGCCUUCUUCUACUUCAGGAAUCCAGAUGUUCUUGGGUCUGUGCCUAGUCAUUGGCUCCCAGACUUCGCUGCAGAAUCUCCAGAAGCUGCCAAGCGUGUGAAGGACCUUAAGAGCAGAGUAGCUAAACACCCAGCUACCAGGAGCUGCUUAUACUCUUGCCAGUGGGGAGAUGAACAGAAUGAGAAACCACAUUUAAUUGCAUUAGAAGAUUUUGCAGCUAAAAUUCUAGAAGAUAUUUGGCAAGUAAUUGAGAGAGACUUUAUUGAGGAGUCAAAAGCAUCUGAAGAUGAAGAUCAGCUUGCACAGGAGGGCUUCCAGGAGUGGCAUGGGCAACAUUCCUUUGCUAGAAGCAAGUUAGUGACAAAUGUGUGUGCACAGAUCCAGGAGAAGAGACGUGCAUCCUCAACAAAUGGACAGUUGUUUCUGGUGGUUGGGGAGCCCAGUCAGGGGAAGACUGUCUUUGUGGCUGACCUUGUGAAGGAACUGAGACUAGCAGCUUCAUCCUCGGUGAUCUAUCAUUUUACGGAGGCCACCACAAUGGCAAAAGAAGCAGAGACUAUGUUAAACAGUGUCUGCAAGCAAAUGAAUCAGAGACUGCAGAGAAGGAACUGUAGCCUUACAUCUUACAGGGCACUUCUUGCUGAGUUCCAAGCUCUCCUUCAGUUAAUAUCGCGCUCACUGAAGCGGAGUGACGCAUUGACAUUAUUAAUAGAUGGGGCCGAUAUGCUGUGUGGACACGCAGGUGAACUAACAUCUGAUUGGAUCCCUGACUUCCUUCCCCAGAGAGUGAACUUAGUUCUGAGUGUGACAGAAGGCUCCUCUCUCUGCUCUUCCUUGAGGAAGCGAAAGGACACCGUUGUGAUCUCUCUAGGGAGGCUGGAACCAAAUGAGCGAGCUGAACUGGUGAGAGGGAAGCUGGCUUUGUAUGGGAAAAAGCUGGAAGAGUCUGCUUUUAAUAAUCAGUUGCGACUUCUGAUGAUCAAGAAGGGAACACGUGAUCCUCUGUAUCUAACCAUGGCUUGUGAAGAAUUACGAACCAGUGCUGUCUUUGAGAAGCUGUCUGAUGAUAUACAGAAGUUGCCAGCAACCCUUCCACCUCUAAUUCAGAAGAGACUGGAAAUGCUGGAAGAGGAACAUGGAGUGAACAAUGUGGGCAUUGCUCUGAUAGCCAUUUGCAUCUCCCGAAAAGGGCUAUGGGAGAGAGACCUGCUAAGGAUUCUUAGCUCUCUGCAGGAAAUAAGCUCUGUGUACACAGCAAGUUGGGAUGAAAUGCUGCCUGCAGCCAUUCAUUCAAAUAAUCUUCCUAUGGCCACAUUCUCUUUGCUUCUCACAGGGCUGAAGAGCGUUCUUGGUCUGUGGAAUCGUAACAUGACUAGUGAGCCAAGGCUGCACCUCUCUAGUUGCCUGCUGCGGGAAGCUGUGGAGAAACGUUACUUUGGAAAUCCUGAUUUGGUCCGCGCUGUACAUCUUCUUAUGGCCGCUCACUUCUGGGCAGUCUCUUCUCCUGAAGACCCUGAAUCUUCCUCUGCACUUCACGCUGAGUGUCUGAGUGAGCUGUCCCAUCAUCUGCUGUUUGGUAUGCAAUUCCAUACUCUGGGUAAGCUGCUCGCUCACAUUCCUUUCCUGAAGGCACAUGCCACCCUAGGGCUCUUGCCUCACCUGUGCCAGGUUUACAGUAGCUAUGAAACGGCCAUGUCAAAGAUGACUUCAACACUCUCAGCUGCUCGGGAUGAGAUGGAAACUACUGAACUAUCUGGACCACCUGUGAGGGAAUUCAAGGAGUUCAUUGAGCGAUCCUUGCAUAUUCUUACUCAGAAUCCUUCACUAUUUUAUCAGUUGGCUUUGAACGAACCUGAUACAUCACUAGUGUGCAUUCAGGUCCAAGAGAUUUUGGCUGACUUCAAGAGCGCCACAUCUGAGCUCAUCACAGCAUGGAACAAUAAACCCAACUCCACCAGUGUCUGUUCCAGUAAAUCGCUGCAUGUUCCUUCUGCUCCAGGUUGUGUUGGCCUGAACACCAGAGGAGACAUGGCAGUGCUGGGCACCAGUAAUGGUUCACUUCACAUACUGCAAACAAAUAGUGGCGAGGAAGUCAGAACACUGUACAGUGGCUGUGACGGGAUAUCUACCUGUACAUUUAUUUCUGACACAUUACUCUGUGUUGGCUCCUACGAUGGAAUAAUGGAGAUCUGGAAUAUAACAGACGGAUGUCGUUUACACAGAAUUGAAGCACAUAGUCGACAGGUCACAGGAUGCUGUGUCAGUGCAGAUCAUAGACAGCUUAUCACCUGCUCUCUAGACUUCCAACUGAAGACAUGGGAUACCAGCCGCUAUUCUCCAUUAAGUUCUACCUCUUUCUCCAGCCCCCUUAACUGUGUUGCGUUUCACCCCAGAGGUCACGUAGUGGCAGUUGGCUCUUGGGAUGGGAAGAUAUCUGUGGUGCGACUGGAAAACUGGAAAAGAAGUGCAGUUAUGAGUGGUUCCUCUUCAGUAAGAACAGUGUCCUUCUCCAUGGAAGGCAGUGUCGUGGUCUCUGGUUACCUUGAUGGCUGGGUGUCACUUUGGUCAUGGGAAGCACAAGUUGAAUUGUCUAAAUUUAGAGCUCACAGUGGUUCAGCUUUGACUGCUAACUUUCUGCAUCAUGGUGAAUACCUUCUAACUGGCGGAGAGGAUGGCAAGGUACAAGUAUCAUCUGGUGGUCUCGGAAGACUACACGGACAUGCCUGUGAAAAGAAUGCACAGUCUCCAGUGCUUUCUCUAGCCCUGUCCCCCAACAGAGAACUGCUGGCUGUUGGAUAUCAUUCUGAUUCUGUUAGUGUCUACAGUGUGGCUACUGGGGAUCUUGUGACACAGUGCAGUUUUUCAGAUGUGGCAGUGAGUAGCCUGGUGUGGCUUUCUGACACCAUUUUAGUGACUGGCAGCUCGGACAGCUUGGUUCGUGUGUGGAAUGUCUUACCAGGACAAUGUUCUUGUCGGCUCACACUGAGUGGACACCAGCGCUCUAUUAUGGGCCUGGCUCUCUCCUCCAAGCUUCUGGCUUCUGCAUCAGAGGAUGUUUCAGUCUGUCUCUGGCCAGUGGAAAGUCUCUUGGAAUCUGAUCCCACAGUCUCCCCUGUCUCUGUUCUCCGGGGUCAUACUGCAGCAGUCACAUGCUGUUCUUUCAGCUCAGAUGGAAGACUGCUGGCUACUGGGGGACAAGAUCGGUCUGUGCUUUGUUGGGAUGUGUCAGUAAACCCACCUAUCCUUUCAUGCACCCUCCUGUCAUGUCACAAGGACUGGGUAACUGGUUGUUCCUGGACUGACAGCGGUAUGCUGAUCUCAGGUUCUGGAGAUGGAGCUCUGUGCCUGUGGGACAUUCACAAGCAGAAGCAGCUCCUGAUAUUUGCUGGACAUCAGAGUGCAGUCAGUAGCGUUGCUUGCAUGGGGGAACGUGUCAUCACCACUGGCAGGGAUGGCUGCCUAAAAGUAUGGAGUCUUACUGGCCUUGAGGUUGCAAAUAUCCAUACUGACCAUAACCAGUUAACCCAGAGUGCGGCCUACUGGGAGCCAGAAGAUAGUCGCGCUGAUGCUGAUAUAGUGGUUUAUACAGCUGGGUCUGAUGGCACAGUUUUCAAAUGGAGUCCUUUGCAGAUGGAGCAGAUACAGACAUUGCAAGGUCAUGGAGGUGCAGUGAUUACAUCUGCAACAAAUCCCAAGCAUGAAGUUUCAGUAACCGCCGCCCAUGAUGGCUCAGUUCGGCUUUGGGGAGUGCCAUGCAGGGAUGGGAAUCUGAAGCGAAGCCGUCACAAAGGGGCAGUGUCUGCCAUUGCAUGGUCUCCAGAUGGGGAGGUGGUGGUAUCAGGUGGAGAGUUUGGGGAUCUGAUAGUAUGGAAAGAACAGAAAGUUGUUCUCACUCUCCAGUGUGGAGAGCUUUGCAUUUUAUCCGUUGUAUUUACUACACAACGCUCCUUCCUCGUCAUCUCCAAUGAUCUGACGGUUUCCCGAUGGCUCCUGUUUCCUUGUAAGGGAGGUGGCUUAAGAGCAAAGAAGGCUUACAGUGUGGAGAUUGAGUCCCUCGUGCUGUCUGCAGUCCCCACCUCCUCACAAGUGCAGCUCCACACUUUGUCAGGGAAGGUGUUCAUCCUGGAACCCAAAACUGGAUCAAUGCAGGAUAUCCAUAUUGUUCAUGCCUUACUGCCAGAUCCUAAUUUCAAACCUCCACAGGAAGAGCUAAAUCCUGGUUGUAUUAUUACCGCAUCCCAUCCAGACUUUGGAGUGUCCGACUCUACUGGAGCCCUGUGGCUUCAAACCCAAAAACAGUCAAGUCAAAGAUCAUCUGGAAAAUGGGAGCAAAAACAGAUCCAUUCAGCUUCUAUUUCCUGUUUGAGUGUGAUGAAUGAUGUAGUGAUUACGGCAUCCACUGAUCGCAGUGUCAAGAUCUGGAGAUGUAACCCCUUCAGACAAGUGGGAAUAUUCAAUUGUGAAGGAGCAGUCACCUGUCUGUCCCCUUGUCCUCUGGCUCAGAGUGAUACUCUGUCAGUGGCAUGCCAGAUCGCCUGUGGGGAUCAAUAUGGAAAUGUGUACUUGCUGACUUCUCUGCAAGUUUAGAAACUUGGUAAAGCUAGAUUAAUGGUUCUUUACAUGUAUGACAGCAAUAAACCUUUGAAAGAAUAAAUGUCCUCAUGUGCUGUU